GCCUUUAGCAUGCACGGCUUGUUGGCUGUCGUCGUUGCGCUCAUCGCCGUUGUGGCCGAUGGCGCGAUCGUCUCGGGUCUCUGCAACGAUAAGAACUCAUCGACACCGCUCGUCAAAGGCGACCAAACCUACAUCUGCAUCAACGUCAACGACAUGUACCGUGCCGUCUUCACGCCGACCGUUGACGACUAUGUGCAGCUCCGCAUGUACAACUCAUACUCGGACAAUCGAAUUGUGAACGCGAGCGCGCCCUCCUUCCUCACGCUCUCGAGUAUAACGACGCGCUCCGUUUACAAGUUGUACACGGACGUGACAGGGCGCGCCUUUCCGACACUCACUGCGAUCAUUACGGUCGCCAAUGGCAUCAUUCAAGGCAUCUCGUGGGACGAUGGUUGCUACCUCUGCGACGCAGCAUCAUGCUCGUCGAACCUCUAUGCCUCGCCCAAGCUACCGCUCCUCAACUCGGCCUUCGGCGACGGUAGCACGUGCUACAUGAACCGCACAACGUGUACGGCCACAGACAAUGCCUGCGACCUUGGCAUUUACGUUGGCUGGACAGGCACAGACUACAACGGCAACUACCUCAGCAGCGCUGGCAUGCGGGUGUCGCAAUUUCAAGCCUUCUCUGUCAGCUCGUACGUCAGCGACCUGAAGAACAAACUCUCGACGCUGCUCCCUCGCUUCUAGUGAUUUCAAUCGAACAGCGUCCAUGGUU